AUGAUGUUUCAAAUUAUACGAAAAGGUAUUAAAGAUUCUAUAAGAGCUGAACAAGCUGCCAAUACAGCACUAAUAAUUAGUGGAAAAAUCAAAUCACAUUGGUUAAAAUUAAUGGUCAAGUAUUACGUUUGCAAAAUUAUUAUAAGACUUAUAAUAGCAG